AUGGGAGCAGCGGGGGAUUAUGGGAAAACUCUGUGUGGAAGAUCCUGGGGAAAGGAUAUGAUGACAGAAAUGGGUCCUGAUUCCUCUGAGGCAGAGAGGACUCCGAUGGACACCAGGGAGAGACCACUAGGUGAAAGGUUGAUGCCAGCAAGACCUCCUCAUCCGUCUUUUCAUGGUGGCGAAGGGGAAGCAGCGGCUAUGGAAGCAGAUCAGGAUCUGGUGUGCUUUGAGGAUGUCACUGUUCAUUUCACGGACGAGGAGUGGGCAUUGCUGGAUCCUGACCAGAGAGCUCUGCAUAAGGAGGUCAUGGAGGAGAAUCGUGGACUCCUGGAUUCUCUGGGUAAGGCUCUCUGAGGAUAAUCCUUUCUGUUUUGAAAUUCCAUAUAUCUCUCCUUGUGAU